ACUGGUCUAAGAACUUGACAUGUAUUGAUUCCUGUAAACCUCCCAACUCCGUGAGGUUUUAAGACUCCAAUCUUUAAUUGGAGACAGAGGUUAGGGAGCUUGCCCAGGAUUACCCAGCCAGCUGAUGGCCUAGCCAGGGUUCAAGUGCAGGCAGUCGGGUUCUGGAACUCAAGUUCAUAACACCACACCAGGCAGCCUGCGUGAUGCCUACCGAGCCUGUGCCUGGCCUCGUGUGGAUUAAAGGGAUUUAUGUGAACUUCCAGGCUUGCGUGCCUGGGUGUAGAUGGAGUGGGGGGACGGGAGGGAAGCAGUUGAGGAUGAUGCAGGUUUCUGGCUUGAGUAACUGGGUGGGUGGCAGUGCUGUUACUAAGAUAGGGAACACAGGAAGAGGAACAGAUGGCACAGAGUGGGGGGUGGGGAACAGACAAGGGGUUCAGUUUGGGGCCUGUGGAAUUGUAUGUUUCUAAGGGAUGGCCAGGCAGAGAUAUUAAGGGGGCCAUUGGCCCUGGGGGUCUCAGGUUUGGGAGUGUGAUCAAGGAGGCAUUCGGGACGCUGUAGACAAAAUCUGGAAUUUGGGAAAGGAUGGGGUCUCCCUGCAGGACUGUAAUAGGGACAGGGUGUGUGGGUGUUCGUGUGUGUUUCUGUGUGCAUAUGUGUGCAUGCCUGCCUCUGGGUCAUGAGUCCCCCAUCUCCUGGGAGGGCCUGCAGGUCAGCUGGGAGCGGGGUUGUUUUUGUUUGUGGUUUGACCCUGGGAGCGGGGUGCCAAGCCUGAGAAACUACCCGCUGAGAAGCCCCCGGAAACAUCUGUGAGUCCUCUUCCCCCAGGCCCAGGGUGGGGGAUUGGCCAGGGAGGGAGAUUUUCUUGUUUCUCUCAUGCCUGCCUAGGGGAGGCUGUCCCUGGGAUGAAUUUUAUCCAGUUAGGAGGUUGACAGCACACCCUCCAGGAUUCAGGGACAUAAUGAGAGGCUUGGGAGAAGGGGAAGGGGUGUUAAGAAGGGACACCUGAGAAGAGGAGCCCAAGACAGCCUUCUGGUUGGUUUUUCCUGUUCUCAUUUCCUGUGAUGGCAGUGGGGGAGGGUUCCCCAGCACUGGGGCCUCUGCUUCGUUUCCCUUCCUCCUGGUGACCUCCUGGGGGCCAGCCCUGAGUGCAGCAGGACGGAGCAACAGAGACAAGGUAGCCGUACUCAGCCCUUAGGAUUGGGUCCUCUGGGGGUUCCCAGGCCUAGGAAGGGGCUAUUAUUAGCUGAAGCAUUCAGGGGCAGGAAUCCAAGCCCCCUCCCCUCGGCCAGCCUGGCUGUGGGAGUCUCUGGUUACACUCAGCUGAGGACUGAUACCCUCAAAGGGGAGACACCCUGGUGUGUCCUGGGGUGCUCCACAUGGCAAAGCCAUAGACAGGAGAGACUGAACAUUAAGAUCCACUGAGCGGCUCUGGUCACACAGUCAGCCUCAGGGCAGGGACUUCUCUCCAGCAGGGCGGGGGUUUCUGAGGGAAAGUCUGAGAGGCUCCAUCACAGGGAGGGGAGGGGCUCAGCAAAGUACUCCGUCUGGGAAUGGGGACCAGCGUCACAGCCAGCAUGUUCUCCAGAGUGCCUGGUCAGUCUGGCCCUAGAGCAAGGGCUUGCGGCCUCGUCUGUGUGCAGGGUGGCGAGUCUGUGUGGGUGUGCUGGAGGAGGAGGAGGAGGAAGCAGAGCCACCAUACCAAGGCUGUGCAGGCAGUCGGGUGUGCAGACGGGGACACACACACACACACACACACACACAAAGGCACACAGAUGCGAGAGCCGUGUGAAUCACCCAGCCGGUGAGUCAGCCCCCAGGAUUCCUGUCGGGGAAUGAGUGAAGCUGGGCUGAGGUCUGUCAGUCCAUCUGUUGGUCUGUCUGCCUCCUGCCCUUGCUGGUGUGGAUGCACGUGUGUAGGUGGGUUGCAGAAGGUGGUGGGGAAGGUGCUUGGUGGUUUCCUGGGACGGCUUUGGGCGGAGGUCGUGGGAGUUUGAAAGCACUAGGCUAUGGAUUUGCACAUUAUUAGUUUGGAGGGAGGGAGGCGCUGUGUCUUGUGCAGAGAAGAUUCCUGGAGACUAUGUCCCCUGCACACAAGAGCACCUCAGGCAGGGCUGGAGGGCUGAGCGAGAGUAUGGGACGCCUCUGAGGGUAGGUGGGAGGGAUGGAGUCCUGGCUGGUGGCCCACCCGCUGCUGUCAGCCUGCCACUUACAGUCUUCACAUUCCCAUUGCAGGCUGUCUGUCCCCAGACCCUGGAGCACCCCUGCACCACCAUGACUGGGCUGCUGAAGAGGAAAUUUGACCAGCUGGAUGAGGACGACUCUUCGUUCUGCUCUUCCUCUUCCUCCUCCACCUGCCACUCUCGCUCCUGCUCCCGGAGCUCUUCCGUCUCCCCUGCCUGGGACUCGGAGGAGGAGGGCCUCAGGGAUCGGACCCCCCUGCCUGAUCGUGACUUCUGUGGCCCCCGUAGUUUCACCCCCCUGUCCAUCUUGAAGCGGGCUCCCCGGGAGCGCCCAGGCCGUGUAGCCUUUGAUGGCAUCACCGUCUUCUACUUCCCCCGGUGCCAGGGCUUCACCAGUGUGCCCAGCCGUGGUGGCUGUACUCUGGGCAUGGCCCCUCGCCACAGCGCUUGUCGCCACUUCUCCUUGGCCGAGUUUACGCAGGAGCAAGCCCGGGCACGGCGCGAGAAGCUCCGCCAGCGCUUGAAGGAGGAGAAGCUGGAGAUGCUGCGAUGGAAGCUUUCGGCCGCUGGGGUUGCCAAGGCGGAGGCAGGCCUGCCACUUGCGGUGGAUGCCAUUGAUGACGCCUCCGUGGAAGAGGACUUGGCAGUGGCCGUGGCAGGUGGCCGGUUGGAGGAAGUCAACUUCCUACAGCCCUACCCAGCCCGGCGACGACGGGCUCUACUGCGGGCUGCGGGCAUUCGAAGGAUCGAUCGGGAGGAGAAGCGGGAGCUGCAGGCACUGCGCCAGUCCCGGGAGGAUUGUGGCUGUCACUGCGAUAGGGUCUGUGACCCUGAGACCUGCAGCUGCAGCUUGGCGGGCAUCAAGUGCCAGAUGGACCACACAGCAUUCCCCUGUGGCUGCUGCAAGGAGGGCUGUGAGAAUCCCAAGGGCCGUGUGGAAUUUAAUCAGGCACGAGUUCAGACCCAUUUCAUCCAUACAGUCACCCGCCUGCAGCUGGAGCAGGGGGCCGAGAGCCUUGCGGACCUGGAGAGUCCCACCCAGGGCAACCCACCAAGCCCUGGGGAGCAGGCCCUGGUCCCCACUUUCCCACUGGCCAAGCCCCCCGUGAGCAGUGAGCUGGGAGACAACAGCUGCAGCAGCGACAUGACCGAUUCCUCCACAGCAUCUUCCUCAGCAUCGGGCACUAGCGAGGCCCCCGACUGCCCCGCUCACCCAGGCCUGCCUGGUCCUGGUUUCCAGCCUGGUGUGGAUGAUGACAGCCUGGCGCGGAUCCUGAGUUUCAGUGACUCUGACCUUGGUGGGGAAGAGGAGGAGAAGGAGGAAGGGGGUAUGGGGAACCUGGACAACUUCAGCUGCUUCCACCCAGCUGACAUCUUUGGUACUGGUGACCCUGGUGGCCUGGCCAGCUGGACCCAUAGCUAUUCUGGCUCUAGCCUCACAUCAGGGAUCCUGGAUGAAAAUGCCAACCUGGAUGCCAGCUGCUUCCUAAACGGUGGCCUUGAAGGGUCAAGAGAAGGCAGCCUCCCUGGCACCUCAGUGCCGCUCAGUGUGGACGCCGGCCAGAGCAGCUCGGUGGAUCUCAGCUUGUCUUCCUGUGACUCCUUUGAGUUGCUCCAGGCUCUGCCAGAUUAUAGUCUGGGGCCUCACUACACUUCCCAGAAGGUGUCUGACAGCCUGGACAACCUUGAGUCACCCCACUUCCCUUUGCCUGGCCUCUCUCCACCUGGGGACGUCAGCACUUGCUUCCUGGAGACCCUCAUGGGCUUGUCCGAGCCAGCUGCUGAAGCCCUGGCUCCCUUCAUCGACAGCCAGUUUGAGGACCCUGCCCCAGCAUCUCUCAUGGAGCCUAUGCUGGUGUGAGGACUAGAAUGCCUUUUCCCAGCCCCAAGAGCCCUGUUGCUGCUUUUUUGUAAUUUUAGGGCUCCCCAAGGUCUGUAUGUAACAGUCUCCCAUUGGCUGGCUUACCCAUGGGUGCCAUGUGCACACUCCAGGUUUUCAUGUAACACUCUUGAUUUAUUUAUUUAUUUUUUUUAACUUUUCUGUGCUAAAGAGAGGGUGGGGAGGGGGCUUCCCUUUCAGCUGCCCAGCGCCCCCCCAUGCCCUUCAUUGAUCUUCCACCUCCACAACACGUGCCAGAAGAGGAGAAAACGUGGCUCCCCUGGAGCUUGGCAGACCACUUUUUGGUCACUGUAUGAUGUUCCUUAGCCAGAGGUGGUGAGACAGGGCUGAAAUCAAGUGGCUUCUCCUGCCACCUUGAGCCCUAGACCCAUGGGUGGCUAAAUCCUCUGGACUGUGAAGACUUAAUUUAUUUCCAUAAUUUAUUUGGAGACCGAGGCGGCUUUGGCUACUUCUCCAUGGCUGGUGGGCAGUGCUGGGGGUGGUGUGGGCACAGACCCUUGUGAGUCCUUUUUGCCUGGUAGUCCUAUCCCCUGCCCUGCCUGAGCUUUGGUGGAGACCAGGUCUGGAUUUGAGCCCUGUGAUCUACUGUGUCAACUGCCUGGCUCCUGGAUGGCUAAGCAGGUGGGGGCUAGUCAAGGACACUGUCUGGGCAAGGGGAGGGGCUGGGCUGGCCAGCUGUGACCAACACUCCCUUCUGUCCCACCAGCCCCCUCUACUUCCUGCCUCUGCCCAUCUUCUCCUCCCCAAGGGCCACAGCCUUUAUUCCAGGCCCAUUUAUGUAGGAGGGGAAGGGGGGAAGUCAAAGGCCCAGAGAGGGCAAGGGGUUUACCUCGGGGCACAAAGCAUGCCCCAGACUACUUAUCUCAGGGCUUUCUGGGCACUGCACUCCAGUCUGGCACACCUGCCCAUGCCCUGAGGCCAGUUGGUGAGGGGUGGCUCCUUAGGGCUUUUGUUUGCUGAUACUGAAUUUUGCAGCAUAAUUUCUAUAUUGUCCCUGAGUGUCAGAACUAUAAUUUAUUCAUUUUUCUCUGUGUCUGUGCCAAGAAACCCAGGCUCUAGACAUGCCCCCUUGCCUAGGAGGCCUUACCAGCCUGCGUGCUUGUGGGAACACCUUGUACCUGUGCUUACAGGUACCAAUAAAGAGGCUCUAUUUUUAA